GCGAGAUCCAGAUGCCAACGGAAUGGGCACCGCGCUGUCAUAUGGUUACUGUCGCCGAUGCUCGAGAAAUGACUGAGGUUUGAGGAGGCACCGAGACUCAACGGUGACGUGGUUAACCAAACCUCGACUUGGAUUAACCCAUCUGUGCGUUUGCACCUUUUGCCUGUGAGCGACGCGUAACGCGCAGGGACAAUGGGAAUGGUCAGAGGUUGCGAAGAGGACGCCAAAUGCCAUGCCGCACACAUGUCCUCCCUAACAUACGAAUCCAGGCUCAACGCAGGUUAUUGAUUAUGCUCGAGGUGUUCCGGGGUGCCAGACGUUUCAGCAGCAGCAGAGAGUCCAGCGAGGUGGAUGCUGCGCGGCGACGCGCCCCCUGAAUCCCUAAACUGAAUCUCACAGACAGUGUGACCGUUCGAGCGCGUGUGCAUAUGUGUGUGCACGUGUGGGGGCGAGAGUGAAAGUGUGUGUGUUGGCACUUCCACAUGGCCUCCAUGCAGGACGGGGUGAACUUCUCAACUCAUCCCUACAGCAAAGUACUGCUGCUGGGGGCCAUCGCCGCAGCCUCUGCCUUCGUCGUCACCAUCAUCAUCGUUGUCCUGUGCGUUGGCUGCCAGAGGAAGGGGAAGACGCACAAUGGCCCUGGAGAGGAGAGGAAGCACAGACUCAUGGACAUGAGUAUACUGCGGCAGUCCAAGCUGCGAUCCAUCAGUAAGUCAGACACCAAGCUUCAUGAGAUGAACAGACUCAACUGCAAUGGCAAGAAAUCUUCAAAGAAGAACCGUCCCGCCAGCAUGGAUCUACUUUUGCUUCCCAGCCGUCGCUCAAACUCAGACCUGCGUUCUCAGGGCCGCCAGCUGCCUCAGAUCCCCUCUGGCGAGGAUGGGGAACACACAUACGCCGAGGUGGGCCGCCGUUCCUCUCCAACGCGCGGUGCUGAGGACGCCCGCUAUGGCGUCGGAGGUCGAGCUGGAGAGACGGACACACCCGCCCCACCGGCAGUCCCUGCUAACACUCCAGCCCCACCUGAUCCUGAUGGAGACUGCUUAGAGGGUGGGAUGCCAGAGCCAGAAGCCCUCCCCCAGGUGGUGAACACGCCCCCUCAACCCCAGGAGACAGUGGAGUACGCCUGCAUCAGGAAGGUCAGGAGAGCGGACAAAGCGGCCCAGAAGAGGGACAAUGGAACGGACACAGAAGACGGUCUUGGACAGCAACAACGACACAGCAGUGGGGAAAUCCGACAUGCCCCUCCCACUCACCAAGCCCCGCCUCCUCCACACCCACACAGUCAGAAAAUGCCAAGGAAAAAUUUGGAUGCAUUCAACGUUCCCUCUUUUCCUAAGGAGGCAGUGUUUAUGGGAAAUGGAGAGCAGUAUAUAUGGAAACCUCCGGAGGAUGACGACAUCAUCUUCCAGCACAAGCAGAUGGGUAUGCUGAGCUCUCACAUGGCAGAGAACAUGGCAGCAUCUGCAGCAGGGAUCACAGAAAUGUAUUCCAAGGUCUGCAAAACAGGCAAGAAGAAGCGAGGCAUGCCCGGCUCACCCCCAGCCCCAAGGGACAUCAGUGGUUAUAGGACCUUGGCUCGCGUUGACCGCGGUGACCGUGAUGGGGGUUUUAGCGUGGUAGUCAAACCCCAGACGUGGGCCCCGCAGGAGGGCAAAGGCUCCAGAGUUCCCCCUGGCUGCAUGGAGGACCACUGCUACGAAGCCAUCAGCACAGAGGAAACAGACCUGGCUUAUGAGACCAUGGAGGGUGGGGGCGGUUGGAGGCGUGACAGGCCUCCGCCCAACGCCAGCGCUACCUUGCGGCCCAAACGAAAAAGACCCCAGCAGCCCCUGCAGCAACCGCCUCCGCCCCCUCCACCGCCUCAGCAGAACCCCAAACUGCAGCAUCAUACGGCAAAAGGCCUGGUGAUUCCUGGGGAGAGCCUGUAUGAGAGCAUCCCUGAUCUGAAGCAGGGCUCGACCACCUCCAGCACAACCACAAUCUUUACUUUUAACGAUGGCAUGGAGAUGUACGUCACUGGCCUGUAGGGGGAGCUAUGAUAAACUUUUAUCUU